ACCUCCCUUCCUAUUUCACUCCUUUGUUCAUUCCAGCCGUAAACACUGCUUGUGGAAAUAUUUUUAAUUUGUGUGCAGAACUGAGAUGGAGAAGCUGGUGUUUUUGCUUGUCCUGCUCACUGGCAGUGCCAUACAGUCUGAAGAUCUUACGGGGAAAGUUUUUUCUUUCCUAUCGGUGUCUACUACUCAUUAUGCAACACUCACGCCUGAUGUGGAGGGACCUUAUUCAGCUCUGACACUCUGCCUGAGAUCUUUCCCUGAAAAUGGAAUAGCAAAGACUCUCUUCUCCCUGGCCACACCAUCAAAAGACAAUGCUUUUUUGCUGUAUCAAGCAGAAAAAGGAGGAUAUCGUGUGCAUAUCAAUAAUCUGGUUCAUGACUUUCUGUUGAUGCCAGACAAUCAAAACGAAUGGAACUCAGUCUGCUGGACCUGGGACAGUAAAACCGGACUUACUCAAGUGUGGGUGAAUGGAAGGCGCAAAAGGGUGAAGAUCGAGUCAGAACCUAUUGCAUCUCCGAGCAUAAUCCUUGGCCAAGAACAGGACAGUUAUGGUGGGAGAUUUGAUGCAAAUCAGUGUUUUGUUGGAGACCUUUCAGAUGUGCACAUGUGGAAUUAUGUUCUUGAUUCUUGUGCAAUCCAGGACUACAUGAAUGCAUUCACAUUUACACCAGGGAAUGUUCUGAAUUGGAAGGCACUAAAUUACAACGUAAAUGGUGAAGUGCUUGUAGAACCAAACCAUUCAACUGGCUGUCGCCAGAAACCAAGCAAACUGUAAAGUAUGCAAUACAAAAGUAAAAAUGUGCUAAUAAAUAAAAGCUUUGCUCUGAGGAUAUUCUUGUUUAUGUUUCUCUUAUAAUGGCCUCUUAUGGAUGUAAUGUGUGCAUUUACCAUUUUUGCUUUGGUUCUGAAUUAGCAUAGUUCACUGUUCCCUACACUCCCUCAUUCUCUCGCACUAGACUGAAAUAUGAAAAGAAAUUCAACAUGGUAUGGCUGCUCUGGAUAUCCACAAGAAGGGAAAACAAAAUCAUUUAUUGAAUGUGCUCACAAUUACAUGCAUUAAAAUAGGCCUAAAUACACUAGGUGUCACGUUUCAGGUCUGUCUCGCCAUGUUUUAUGUUUAUUCAUUUGUAUUAGUCUUGUAUUGUCUUAUCAUGUAUUAUGUUAGUCUAGGUUCGUCAUGUUGUUUAGUUAUGUCUCGUUACGAUUUAUUUUCUUGUCAUGUCUAGUUAUGUUUUCGUACGAUUAUAUUCCUGGUUAUGUUUAGUGGUUAUCGUCUUAGUUUCGCUUUGUGUUAUGUUUUGAUGCAUGUUUAUUGUUACGUUAACUGGUCACGGUUUAUGCAUACACUUUUACAUGUUUUUCCGCAAACCUUGCGUUCCGCCUUUUCUCUCUCUCUCCUUCUGUCAUUCACUCCCUAAUUGUUUCCAUUUGUCUAUUUACUAAAACUACUAAUGCUAGAUCAGGAUUGGGUAGAAACUAACACACUAAUCAUGUGUUCAUGUUACCUUACGUUUCUCGUGCAUGUCAUUUACUAAUUUACUAAUGCUAGGGCAGGAUAGGUUUAUUACUGACGAUUACUAAUCUCCUUGUUAAACUUGUCAUCCAUCGAACCUGUUUUCCAUUUCCUUGCUACGCUCUAACUAAUUGUCUACACCUGUCUACACCCGCAUUUAUAGCCCAGUCGCGCUACUGUUCACUGCGAAAUUGUCUGCCUCUGUUCACCACGCAACUCUUGAGCAUUUACUACCAUUGAUUACACGUUACGAUCCACGCCUGUUUACCGACCAUUGUUUAUUGAUUUCUGUUUUGUGACCAUCGUCCUCGCCUACCGUUUUUGUACUUUUGCUUCGCUGAUUGUUUCAUGGUUUCGACUCCCGCUUCGUCCACGACUACGCCUCUGCCUGCCGUCCGUCUGUUCAUCUGCCCCGCUGACAGCUCUCCUGCUACCGGACCUCCCUGCACGUCUACCGACUACGAGUUUGAAUCUUCCCUCGGCACCGUGCUUUUUGUUUGUUUACUUUUUGUUUGGCUGGAUCUACGUGUAUGGACUUUGCUUGUGUUGACUACUCUCCUGGGAUUCGUCCCGAAUAAAGCCCUGAGGGGUCUUUAUAUUA